AUGAGCUCAUUUGAUCUGCAGACACACUCUCCACCACGCUGCAGCCCGCAAUUUCCAAAUAUUGGCCAGGAGCCUCCCGAGAUGAACAUCUAUUAUGAAAACUUUUUCCAUCCACAGAACGUUCCUAGCCCACAACGAGCAACAAACUUUGAAUCUGGGGACUACAACACCACUCCCAACCCUUACCUCUGGCUAAAUGGACCCUCCAUUACCCCACCAUCAUACCUACCAGGAUCCAACACCAGUCCUUUCAUCCCUCAGUCCUAUGGGAUGCAACGGCAGCUCUUGCCUAACAUGCACGGUUUGGGGGGGACUGAUUUGGGCUGGCUUCCUCUCCCUUCCCAAGAGGAGCUGAUGAAGCUGGUGAGACCACCCUACUCCUACUCUGCACUUAUCGCCAUGGCCAUCCAUGGAGCACCGGAGAAGAGGCUAACACUCAGCCAGAUCUACCAGUACGUGGCUGACAACUUCCCCUUCUACAACAAAAGCAAGGCAGGUUGGCAGAACUCCAUAAGGCAUAACCUGUCUCUCAACGAUUGCUUUAAGAAAGUGCCCAGAGACGAAGAUGACCCAGGAAAAGGGAAUUACUGGACUCUGGACCCAAACUGUGAGAAGAUGUUUGACAAUGGAAAUUUCCGUCGGAAGAGGAAAAGGAAGUCUGACAUUGGGUCCAGCACAGCAUCUCUUGCAUCUGAGAAAUCGGAGGACAGUGCCUUAAGUGGCAGUCCCAAGGCUGCCGAACACCAGGAUCUAUUGGAAAGCUCCUCACCUGGAACUGACAGUUCACCCGACAAGAGAUCUUCUCCACCAUCUUCCAGCAGUCCCUGCCUCAACAACUUCCUCUCCAGUAUGGCUGCGUACGUUAAUGGCUCUAACUCGGUGAGCCGAUCAGUGCCUCUGGGACUCAGCGCUGAGCCCACUGACAAAAUGGGACAGAAUAUGGUAGGAUUCAAUUCAUACGCUACACUUUCUAAUAUCCCCAGCCAUAGUGGGACAGAAUGGUCCAAUUCAAUGCCUUCCAGCCAUCUUGGCUACAGCAAUUCAGUUCUCAAUCAAUUUAAUACCCAUUUCUACAGCAGUAUCGGUGCAAAUAACACCCUGUAUCCUAGAGAGGGAACUGAGGUUUAA